AUGUCCCUCGGUCAACCCCACUUCGUUCUCAAGCAUAAGCUCGCUGCGUCAUCUUCAUUCACCGACCAGACCCGUACCAACCAACCAACUAUCCAUUUCACGAGUACCACAAUGUCCUCCGCUGCAUGCAUCUUCUGCAAGAUCAUCAAGGGCGAGAUCCCUUCGAUGAAGAUCUUCGAGAGCGAGAAGACACUUGCUUUCCUUGACAUCGGUCCUUUGAGCAAAGGCCACUCUCUCAUCAUCCCCAAAUACCACGGCGCAAAGCUCCACGACAUUCCCGACGACCAGCUCGCCGAAGUCCUCUCCGUCACGAAGCGAAUUGCUAUCGCGCAGAACAUCCAAGACUACAACAUCCUACAGAACAAUGGAAGGAUUGCCCACCAGCUCGUGGAUCACGUACACUUCCACCUGAUUCCAAAGCCGAACCAACAGGAGGGUCUCGGGAUUGAGUGGCCAACUAAGGAAGCGGACAAGAGCGAAUUGAGCAAGCUGCUGGAGGAGAUCAAGAGCAAGAUGUGA